AUGACGAAGAUAGAGGCCAACACCAAGAUGACGCUCAGGACAGCUAGCAAUACUAAGAGCAAGAUCAAAACCCAACGGCAUUGGGACAAUCACGGAACCAAAUGGAACAGCUUGAACGCAUUGCAGGAGCAGUGCCAUUUAAAAGGCUUGACCAGCGCCGCUUGCUCGUCUGGCGGGAGCCCCCUGGGCGUCCCUGCCCUGGGACCCUCCGAUGCCCAGCUCCCGCUCCCGGCUUGCACGCCCAGGACCGUCGGUGGCCGCCAGAAGGACCGAGGGAUCCGCGCAAGACAACUCGCUGCCCCCUGGAUCCCUGGAAGGCGAGGAAAUGGGCCAGCAUUGCUGCACCCGGCUCAGGUGGAGCAGGAAGCCUCAGGUCUUGUUUUCCCAGAUGCUGGAACGGUGCUUCAGGCACCAGAGGCAGCCGGGCAGCGCCGCUGCUCCCCCGGCCGGCCGCGGCAGCCGCUCCCGCCCGCGCAGGGCGCUGCCGCCGCCUGCCCCAAGCAGCUGACCUCGUUCCUCAUCCAAGACAUCCUGCGCCAUGGCGGCGGCGGCGGAGCCGGGGAGCGGAGCGCCCGGGGAGCGCCCGAGGAGGCGCACGACCCGCGGCAAGAGGAGGCGACCGCCAGGGAGCGCCUUCCCCCGGCGGCGGCCGCCGGAGCGCCCCGGACGGAUUUGCCUGCAGAGACCUGCCUGCCCAGCUGUGGGAGCCCUCCGCAGUCCUCACGGGAAGCCCCGAAGCAGCAGAAGCGCUCGCGGGCUGCCUUCUCCCAUACUCAGGUCAUCGAACUUGAAAGAAAGUUUAGUCACCAGAAGUACCUGUCUGCCCCUGAGCGAGCACACCUAGCCAAGAACCUGAAGCUCACUGAAACCCAAGUGAAAAUCUGGUUCCAGAACCGAAGAUAUAAGACCAAACGGAAGCAACUAGUCACAGGGCUUGGGGGACUAGAUAAGAACUCCACCCUUCCGGUCUUCAAAGAAAAUAACUUCUCCAGGGCUACCCUGGCCCUCAGCUACCAGUACAAUCCAUAUUUAUACUACCUGAAUGGCUGGAGUCCAGUCUUGUGGUAGCUGAUGAUCCGCUGGCCACUUAGUGUAAGGACGUCAACCGCUGUGGUGGACUAGCUAGCCAGCCCGACUUUGGCUAGAGACGUUUGCCAUUCUUUUCCCUUCUCCACCUGCAGGAACCUGAAUGGAACUCUGGACCUAAACUCGUUGUACUGUACCAAAAAGGUCGAUCCAAGCGGAGUUGGGCUUUCCACAAUAAAUCCAAUAGUACGUGGUCCUUACUACUGUUGCUGCGCACGUACUACUACUGGGAUCUGGCCAUCUUUCCUUCAAGCCAGCGCUGCAAUGGACUUCUCCCCAUUGCUCAUCAAGGCACGUGUUGUAAACAAACUGCUCCCCUAGCCUGUGAAAGACAUUGAACAAUGAAAGCCCAGAAGACUCCUGGCCACAGGGGGAGAUCGUAACUACAAAGAAUGAGCUUAAAGUAGCACCCUCAUUUUGAGUUCUUCAGGCCUGGGAUGACCAUCCUUUCGCCUGGACAUGCAUCCGAGGUUCUAUUUAUCUUAAACAGGUCACCCUGCAGCCCAGACAGAAGUUCUGAUCCACCUUCAAGACAUGAUGAGAUGGAAGAUAAAUUGGAAAGGGCCCUGAAGACCCUGCUGCCAAGUCAGAGUAAGCCGUUCUGCCAAAGAGUCUGACCUGGAUUAAAGCCGUUCCCGUUCGUGUGUUGUGUCUCUGUAUGAGAAGCUGUCCUGGCCUCCGUCUACAUGCUGCCGCUUGGAGAGAUCAUUGCAAUGGGAGAGGUUCAGGUUUCUUCCCACUUCCAACGACAAAUGUUUCUUCAAGUGUGGCUGGCUGAUUCAGGGGUAUAUGUUGGUUUUUUGAUAAGUUGGUUAGUUCGCUGCCAUUUCCCUUAUCUCGUCAGCCAAGUUCAUUGAACUGAAAUGUAAGACAGUGGGACAAUUUCUACAAAUGUGCCUUAUUGAGCUGUCGAAGGAAGCAUGAGAUAAGAUGCAGUUGAAUAAAUGCUAUUGUGUA